UUAUGGGAACUUUAUUUAUACUCCAUUUUACUACGUUUACCGUUGUAUACGUAUUACUAUUAUGUAAUGAAUAUUAAGUACAGAUAAUGUAUAUACAACUACAUAAUGUAUACGGUAUGAUAUAGUACAUAUAAUAUGAUGUAAAACGUGGUUUGCUCACCCUGAUGAUAACCUUAAAACUAGACCUGCAGAUCUUUUUAUGUACAUUGCGUUAAUAACUUUUAAGUUAAUUAUAUAUAAUGUAAUACGACUAAUACUCUACAUGAUAACCUAGACCGGCCAGGGGCAAUUCAAGUAUGGCUGAAUCAGUUGUAACUGUAAAUUGGAAAGACCACACCAGCGAACUUGCUACAGAAUUUAAAAGUUUAUUAGAUACCAAUUCUUUUGUUGAUUGCACUAUAUCUGCUGAGGGUCAGAGCCUGCAAGCUCACAGGCUAGUUUUAUCUACAUGCAGUCCUUACUUUCAUAAGCUGUUUUGUGAGGAGACUGAAGAUCAUCCACUUGUAAUCCUCUUAGAUGAAUCAUUUCAAAAUCUGAAGGCAGUGAUUGAUUUUAUGUACCUUGGGGUAAUUCAAAUUCCACAAGGCAACUAUGGAGCAUUUGUGACUCUUGCUAAGUCCCUGGAGGUCAAGGGACUAAGUCAUGUUGCUAACAACCCACCUGGCAGUACUACUGAAAAUGUCCCUCGAGAUCCUUCUGCGAAGAAUCAAGUCAUUGGGGAAGUUCCAGCCAUUAAUGCUAGCCAAAAGGACAGAUCUGAAAAUAACUCUCAGAAGAUUGCUUAUCAUUCAGAUGACAACACAGACCUUGUGGAUACACAUUCUCCUGUGUCCUCUAAAGGAAAUAGUGCCUUGUGUGAUGUAAGGCCCAAAUCAAAGAUCACACCUUCACGAGAACUAGGGAGACCGCAAGCUCCUUCUAUGAAGAAUCAAGUCACUAGUGAAGUUAAAGGCAUUAAUGCUAGCCAAAAGGACAGCUCUCAAAAUAAUUCUCUGAAGAUUGCUCACUGUUUAGAUGGCAACACUGACCUUGUGGACUCAUGUUCUCCUCUUUCCGUGAAGGGAAAUAGUGCCUUGCGUGAAUUGAGGCCAAAAUCAGUGAUGACACCUUCACAAAAACAAGGAAAUCCUCAAGGGAUCCUGUAUCUUCAAGUUCAACCCUCUUUAUAUGCUCCAAUUUUGGGAGCAAAAAAUCAGUUGCUGGGCAAAAGUAAUGAAUCCUUGUCAAGGAAUAUCACAAGUCAAAUGGGCGGUGGGACUGCAUCUGUUCAUGGACAAGUGUUCCUGGUCUCAGGAGCAGGCAGUCUACCGUCAGUGGGGCUCCAGGCAGCCCAACAGCUGAGUGGUGGAUCACACCAGAACACGACGCUACUGCAGCUGCCAGUCCAUGACGCCACGUCCAGUAACCCCACCGGUCACAAGAACAAGCGAAAGAAAAAGCACAUUACAAUGUUCCAACAAAAAAGAAUGAGAAGUGAAUGUUCAUCAGAUCCAAAACUUUGGAAGAAGUGGCUCGAUGAGUUAUUGAAUGAAGAGGAAGAAAGCACUUCCGAAGAAUCUGAUUCAGAUGAAAUUGCUCACCUAACUGAAAGUGAGCAUAAUACUGAUUCAGAGCAGUCAUCAGACGAUGACGGCACCUCUGAUGGGGCUCUGUAUCUUCAAGUGCAGCCUGGUUUAUAUGCUGCAAUUUCGGGAGCAAGCAAUCAGUUGGUAGUUAAAAGUGAUGAAUCCUUGUCAAGGAAUUUCACAAGUCAAAUGGGUUGUGGAAGUGCAUCUGUUCAAGGACAAGUGUUCUUGAUCUCAGGAGCAGGCAGUCUACCGCCGGUGGGACUCCAGGCAGCUCAGCUGCUGAGUGGUGGGUCGCAGCAGAACACGAUGCUACUGCUGCGCGAGGGGCCAUUCCUGAGCUCCACGGCGCUUACUCCGACCAGUAACCUCUCAGGUCACAAGCCCAAGCAAAAGAAGAGGCUCACUUGCAAAGUUUGCGGAGUUUCCUGCAAUGCUCAAGCCAAUCUCAUCAUUCACGAGCGCACGCACACGGGAGAACGUCCGUUCCUCUGCGACGUGUGCGGUGCCACGUUCAGUACCUCGGGCAUACUCACGUGUCACAUACGCACGCACACGGGAGAGCGCCCUUACGAAUGCGACUUUUGUGGCAAGACAUUCCGACAGAAAUCAAACUUAAAUUUACACUUGCCUUUGCACACAGGAAAGUACCCGCAUCGCUGCGAUGUGUGCGGGAAGACGUUCUUGCAGAACCAGGAAUUCAUUGAACACAAGAACCUGCACACGGGAGAGCGGCCUAAUCGUUGCGACGUAUGCGGGAUUGCUUUUCGAAGGGCGCAGAAUCUUAGAGUACACAAGCUCAGGCACACGGGCAAGUGGCCAUAUCGCUGCGAUAUUUGA